GCCACAGCUGCGGUGAACCCAGGGCCUGAUGGGAAGGGGAAGGGGGCCCCGCCCCCCGGACCAGCCCCGGGCUCCGGCCCCGCCCAGGCUCCAGCCCAGCCAAUGCCCGCUGCCAAAGGGGACCUGCCUCCCGGGAGCUACAAGUGUUCCUGUAAAGCUGGUGGUCUUUGAGCAAGAGAACUUCCAGGGCCGGCGGGUGGAAUUCUCCGGGGAGUGCUUGAACCUGGGAGACCGGGGCUUUGACCGAGUGCGCAGCAUCAUUGUCACCUCAGGACCCUGGGUCGCCUUUGAGCAGUCCAACUUCCGGGGCGAGAUGUUCAUCCUGGAGAAGGGCGAGUACCCGCGAUGGGACACAUGGUCGAGCAGCUACCGCAGCGACCGGCUCAUGUCCUUCCGGCCCAUCAGGAUGGAUGCCCAGGAACACAAGCUCUGCCUGUUUGAAGGUGCCAACUUCAAGGGCAACACCAUGGAGAUCCAGGAGGAUGACGUGCCCAGUCUCUGGGUCUAUGGCUUCUGUGACCGUGUGGGCAGCGUGAGGGUCUCCAGUGGAACCUGGGUCGGCUAUCAGUAUCCUGGCUACCGCGGGUACCAGUACCUCCUGGAACCUGGUGACUUCCGGCACUGGAACGACUGGGGGGCCUUCCAGCCCCAGAUGCAGGCUGUGCGCCGUCUGCGUGACAGACAGUGGCACCGUGAAGGCUGCUUCCCCGUCCUGGCUGCUGAGCCCCCCAAGUGAGUUCGCACUCCGCUCUUCUCCCCACCCUUCCUCAGGCUCAUCCUUGUGCAAAUAAAAAUUCCUGAAGCUAAAA